AUGCCUUCAUCCGAGACUCCGCAGCAUAGGGAAAUUCGGCAUGCGCUCCGUCAAAUCCGCAAUGAUAUCGAGAGCCUUGACGCUCAUCAACUUGAUUCCAGCCUUCUGAAGAAAUAUAAAAUAUGCAUGUCACCAAUGGAGCUGGAUGAAAGCUCCAAUGAUAGACCAAUCUUCUUCAGACCAUGCGAUGCCUCUUUACUCCUCAACCCCGACGAUCAAUAUGACGAAGGAAGAUCGGAAUAUACUGACUACGAUUCAUGGGACCCAGAACUUAGACUCCACAUUGACUGUGCUCGCAGCGUACUCGACUAUAUUUCCUACUAUGUUUUUGCGAGUUCCCUUGGCAGCAAAGAUUUCAUUCUUAGGAAAACCUGGUCUGGUGUCAGUACCAGCGAUGAGCCUUUCAGAGGGCUAUGGCGCGAUACAUAUCCUGAAUAUGGAACUAUGAGGGCCGAUCAGGUCAAGGAUCAUUCAUCUCCGCAUAUGAAAGCCAUGCUCUAUAGCAAUUUAGAUGGCAACAACAACAGCAUCAACGACGAGCUUCUGCAAGGAGAGAUCCUCGUUGCCCUCAGAUUAGCUCAUACUCAGAUGAGACGUCGUCGCUUACAUGGACAUAUGACUGUUCCGGUUCUUCUCUUCUGCUUUAUGGGACCCCAACAUGCUCGAGUCAUUGAAGCAUAUUUCAAUGGUACUUCGUUUGUGAUGCGUACAACUCGGCUAUUUGAUCUUCGCAAGAAGGACGAGGCCUUGAUUAAAUGUUUCGGGCAGUGGUACCUUGGGGAGCCUACUGGAGAUACAAGAUAUCUUCAUAAGGUUUAG